CCGGAAUCAGCAGAUCGUGCAGAAUCUUUGCUCGUCUGAAUGGGCUGUUUGGGAGACGCGCUUUGCAGCCGAAAUGGGGACUGGAACGGAGGGGAGGAGGAAUCCAUGCCUGGAGACCAAGCCGCCGGUGGCUUUUCACCCCAUCCUGUAGGUCGGUGGUCUAUACAAGCUCUGCGCCUGCUCGAGCGUUCGGGGCACCCCAAGAUUUGGAAAGCGUACCACGGGGGCUUGCUGCUCUUCAUCGCCUAUCGAGGAAGGACCGGGUCCCCCUCCGUUUGGCCCAUCCCAGGAGAUCAGUUCAGAGGCUUUUUGCUGUCUCUGGAUUCGGAUGGGGUGUCUGCACCCAAAGUAUUUACAUAUCUGUCUGGUCUUUCCUACCUGUCCCGCACUUUCCAUGGCCAGGAUCCGCUUUGGGACUUGUGCACUUCCCACUUGAUUACAGGGAUGAGGUGGCAGCGAGAACCUCCAAUCCCUCUGAACCCGGAGAUCCUGGAAUUGUUGAUGGGAGCCCUCGAAAGCGUCUGCGAGGGUUUCUACGAAUGCCUCAUGUUUCGGGCGGCGUUUUUAUUGUCCUUCCACGGAGCGCUUCGCCCUAAAGAGAUGGUGGCCGAGACCUUUAUGACCUUCCAUCCAAAACUCCUCUGCCUGGAGGACAUUGACAUGGAGGAAGACCGCAUUGGCCUUAAUCUGCUGGCCCCAGAGAUGGAAGCAGGGUGGGUGACUUGCUGGUUGGGACAGUCGGAGAACCCGUCGCUUUGUUCCGUUCUGGCCCUCCAGAAUUAUUUGGCGGUGAGACCCCCAGGCGAAGGGCCUCUCUUUGUGUACAGCAACUCACGUCUGCUGUGCAGAGAGCGAUUCUUGGAAGUUUUUCGCCAGGCUCUAAGAAGAAUUGAUCUCCCCUCGCGACGAUUCAGCCUAAAAUCUUUCUGGCUGGGUUCUCUCACAAACGCAGUACAUUGCGGCUUCCCAGAGAGUGUCGUUCUGCAUUUGGCCAGGUGGCCUUGCAGACCACCGCCUGGAGUUUGGCCAGGAGUUUAAUGGCCAUCUUAAAAAAAAAAGCCUGGAGUCAAAAUUACAUUGAUGCUUUGGCUUCUCUUGCAAGUCAAGCCUUACUGUGGACUGUGCUUAAUUCCUUUAUUCUCCAUAAUUGCAACAUUCCCAAGGAAUGGUAUCUUGGAAUUAUCCGUUUCAUAAAAGGACUGGUUUUGUACGGAGACUGUUUAUACAACAGUCAUGACUUGGUCUAUUUCAUAUUGAAACAAUAGUCUGCCUUUGAAUCUGAAAUUUUUGGAUGCUGUGCUGAAAUUGACUCCUUUGAUGAUAGUGUAUAAUUUUUUAAAAAAUUUCCUAGGGAAAUAGCCAUGUUGCCCACUGUGCACACUAGUUAAGUGUUAUGAUUUAGUGAGCUUAGCUGCAGGAAGUUUUAAUGCUCUUACAUUGCACAAGCAAACGCUUUUGUAUUUCUCUCUGCAGAAGGGAUGUGUUUUAAAGCCCUUGGUUCCUUAACUUGAGAAAGGAAAGGAUUUGGCUGCUGUAUUUUAUACCAUGUAUUGAACCCAAAUGUAUUUGGAAUAUUGUUCCUGCAGAAUCUGCAUUUUAAUUUUUAAUUUUGCUCAAUGAAUGUAAACUAUUUUCCUCUU